CGCGCGCAAAAGCUUUUGGCGGGAGGGGGAAAAUGGCGGCGGCGCGGCGGCCGCUCGGCGGCCCUUAGGUGGCCGUUGUUCGCCCGGUCCCGUCGGAGCGUGCUCCCUGAGCGGCUUGGCACUAUGAACUCCGAGUGGGAGGGCGAUCAUCUCUACCUGUAUAUGCUGGCCCUGGGCUUCGACCUGCAGGCAGCUGGCAGCGGUGACAUGACAUUUGGAGCGAAGAUGUUUGAUGUCCCAAACAGCAGUGCGUUUAAGGCCAUUGUCAUCUUCUUGUUUGUUAAACUGGAUAAGACCCGUGCAGAAGAAGCUUUCAGAGUCUAGGUCAAAGCUGUUUUCCACAAGUUACACCUUCUACAUUUAUUUCUCCUGUUGGUCCUAAAUGUGUUGACCUGUUGUAUCAGCUUGCAAGACAUGUAAUGGUUGAGGACAUGAAAAGGAAUUGCCUAGGCACUGAUAUAUCUUUUGCUGAAACUGUAAACUUGAGACCUAAGGAUAUGUACGUGGCAAAUGCAAGAUGCAGAGUUUCAUGCAAUAAACUUCUGCACAUUUUUCAAAAGGAAGAUUUUGUCCUUCAAGAAUAUAAGAAAAAAUCGCAGCUUUUAAUUAAGGACAUAAGAGCGCUACAGCUUGAAUUUGAAUCCUUGAAGAUACAGUCUUGCAAGAUGAAACAAAGUAACCAAACUGACAAAGCUGAGAGAAUUCAAAAGGUCCGCAGUAUGUGGACAGCUAUAAUGGAAGUGCUUACAUCUCUCAAAAAGGAAAAGGAAGUUGUGGAUUCUGUACUUCAGGGUUGUGUUGGUCAGUGGAUUUUAGAUGGAACUAAUGUGACCAUCAGUGUUCCACAGCUGUUGGCUCACAGAGUUGAAAGUGAUGUACACCAACUUUGUACAGGAAAUGUAUAUAAAGAUGGAAAACUGAAUUUCUUAACAGUCCUUCAGUUAUUAAAUGAAGCCCUGAGGACACUGAGAGAUGAACAUGGUCCAUCUGAAUUAAAACAACUAUUUGAGCUUGCUGAGAACAAGAUUGCGCUCUGCGGUAGAGUACUACAGGAGUUGAAAGCAAAUAACCUAAAAAGAGAGCAUUUGUAUUGUUGGUCAACAAAUGGAUCUUUUUCUGAAAAACAGAAAGACUGGAAAGUAAAGUGGGAAAAACAUCUCAGCCAGUGUCCUUUUAAUUUGAUCUUAAGUCAAGAUCCAGAACUUGAUUUAAGAGCUUCAACAUUUAAGGAUUUUUAUUCUGAAGAAGGAGGAGAUAAUGAUGAUGAUGAUGAUAGUGUCUUUUGUCAAUAUCCAGCAUCAGUUUCAGAUGUUUGUGAUUCUGUUAAUGAAGUACAUGAUGAGAAAGAUGAUGGGGCGCUGGAAGCUGUGAUGGAUAAGUCAACACCACCACAAACAUGCCCUGAAAGGAGCUCCUCAGUGCAUUUGGAGUUGCCAAAAGCAUCUGAAAACAGAGAUGUACUACUUGAAAAGAACUUGAAUACUGAAACUUGCAAGGAGAAAGAAAGGCCUGUGUCUCCAAAGAUCUUCAAAAAUGGAAAGGAUGAGUCUGCUGUUUCAGAAAUGUCAGAGAAUGUAGGUGAUGAAGUUACCCAGAUGAAGUCUCCUGCCAAAAAAGAAGACCCUCUUAAUGAAGCCCGAAAUGAACUGGCGGAACAGGUUGCAAAAGCAGUAGUGUCUGAGUCACCUCAGAGUAGUGAAGGAAAAGGAAUGGCAUUAGAAGAUCUCAUUAACAUACUGGCUGUUAACCCAUUUUUAACAAGGAAACAAAUUCCCCGAACUCCAGAAAAUCUGCUUACUGAAAUUAGAAGCUCAUGGAGAAAAGCUGUUCAGACUGAGGGCUCAUCAGACAUAGAGCUGACCCCAACUGAGGUAAUGACAGAAGAAGCACUUGUAACACAGGGGGUGGCAGACUCCAUCCCUGCAUCUUCUGUACCUGACUCGGAUCCUCCUGUGUCAGAAAGGAUGGCUUCAUUAAGUUCUGCAGAAUUUAGACCUCAAGAGCAAAUGAGCAUAAGUUGUUUUGCUGAAUCUUCUUUAUUGGAAACACCUAGAAUGAGAGAGAGAGAGAGCACUCUUGAAGAAGAGGAGUUAACAUGUAUUGCUUUGAACAAAAGUUCUGUAGAAGAUCAAGAAGAACAGACUUUUCAAUAUGUAGAGAAAAGCAUGAAUACUCCAGAUAUUUGUUCAGAAGACAAUAGCAGAACGAAUGCUGUACCUUCAGACCACUUUCAGGGUUCCUUAAAGGAUUUGGUCCUGCACCGGAACGUAUGUCUGUUGUUAGAUUCUCUUAGUCCUCAAGCUGCCUCCUUGGGAAUAUUGGGUGAGACGCUUCCAGAAGAACUUUGUAAAAUAGACUCUGAGCUUGAAGAUUCGUUGGUAUCCAAUUGUGAUGUAAUAGACAGCACAUAUGUAACAGACGAUUCAAAAAAUAAGGGGGAUAUUCAGAAAUCAAAGCCAGAUUCACAGUCUCUGUUCAAUACAUGUAAAGCACUGAAAAAGUCUUCAUCUAUCAGUGAAGAGGAGCUGCAUCAAACAUAUAGUGGAGAUGAAUUCGUGAGUUGUAGAUCAGACUUAAGUCUUGCACCAGAAAAAAGAGAAAGAGGUGAAUCGUGCAGUCCUCUAGAAUUCUUCUUGGAUGAAGAAUUUAGCAAGACACCAUUGUCAGUAUCUCCUCAUGACAGAAAAUAUUCCCUGUCGUCACUGCUGGUAACCUGUCAACAUUUGGAAGAAAUGGCAUCAAUGGUACAUGAAAUCCCAUCAGACUUAAUACAUAAAUUAAAUGAUGAAGACCAGUUGAAUGAGAAGCCAGACAUGAAGGAACCAUCAUCAGGGUAGAAUUUGUGAAGCGGAAGCAUAACCAUAGUGCAGUCAUGGUUCACUUGAGUGUGUAGCAUCUUCUCUAAACACUGUCUAGAUGAAGAACUUCCACUCCUUUCUGGUUUUUGUAGAGACUGUAUCCCGGUCUCUUCUUUUAAAACUGUUUAAAACUUUUUAAAACUUUUAAAAACUUUUUAAAACUUUUAAAACUUUUAAAACUUUAAAUCUGCUCUGGUUCUUCCAGUUAGAAUGUUACUAUGGAUAACUUCAAUGUACAGCCUGCCAUUUAUGUACAGAACUGUGCAUUCUUUUUUAAGCAUAUUUUGAAAAAUAGCAGAUGUUGCAUAAUCCUAAAAAAACAUUCUCAGAUGAGAAGCAGUGAAGUCCUUUGCAUCUCUGUCUUGCCCAUAACCCUGCACCUCCUUCUCCAAAUACCAAACACAAAACAAAAAUCAAACCACCACUCACACAAGUUUUACUUGAUGCUCUACAUUCAUUUGAUUCUUGUCUCUUAUUAAGACUUCUGGUCAACAUUUCUGUCACUUCUAUCUUUUGACAGAGGCUUCCACUGGAGUGUCUGUUUCUUUAGGCAUAUUACUGAAUGUAAGUUUUAUAUUAAAGUUUUAAGAAAAAAAGAAUUGUGGUAGUGCUAGUGCUAUCUUCAAAUAGUUGGAAGACAUUUAUGACAUUCUGAUAUAAGUAACUGAUAACAUAGCUUGUGGUGGAGUGGGAAUGUAGGAGCUGAGCUUCCAGCAAAUCAGCUCAUUACUGUAAAAGUACUGACCCCUAGCCUGAGGUGUUUAUAGAAUUGUGAAGCACUGCUAAAUUGUUUUUAUGUUCUGGUGUAUCUUUCUCCUCCUUUCUUCCAAAACAGUUGAAGAAUCUCCACUUGUAUUUGACAUAUCCCUCAUAAAGCAGAAUUUGACAAGCUUUA